AUGUCAGAAAAGAACUCUAGUGUGAUUAAUAAAUUUGAGCAAGCUACUCUUGAUGAGUCAUCGACCAAACCGCUAUACUUUUCCAAGGUUACCAUUGAAGGGGACAAUGGCUCAAGUCCGCUUUCAAAUGGAUUUUACAAGACUAUAUUGGAACAUCCCCUGACUGCUCCCUUACAAAAUGUGGACUCAAGUUUAAGCAUGUUUCAGGCCAUAAGAAAUAAUUUUCUUUACACAGGACUAUACCAGGAUGUAAGUGUGUCGUUUGAACAGGAUUAUGACAGCGCUACCCUGGAGUAUAUGCGCAACGGCAUCCCACAUGAGUAUGGAAUAGAGUUACCUAUUCCAACUCAUGCCAAAAUUUCUUUGAAGCCAUCUGCUCUUUAUAACAGUAAUGCAGCAUCGACGACUAUAAAUGAUGAUUCUGCUUCACUUGCAGUAUGUCGCACUUGGUUGAAUCAAUUAGGACUUGCUGACUCUGAGAUGCUAUAUUGGGGUAUUAACUACAACCCAAUCAAGUCCGCAUGGGAAGGUAUAACAUGCAAGGGGUUUGUUUCAGUGCCUUUGAUGAGAAAUCCUUCUAUAAAGGGACUUUUAGAUUUUGAAUACAACGAAUUGACAGACUUGAGUAGUGAUUCGCAAACAACUAAAAAAGACUACGAGAAUGUAACUUCCAUGGGUUUUAAAAAAAGUUGGAUACUGGACAACUGCAAGUCCAUUCCGUUUUUUUACACCGGCCUUUCCUUUACCAAUAGGCUUUCAAGAAACAAAAAUGACAAAAGUGGUGAAGCUAGAGAAUACUAUUUGAAGACAGGCGUAAUAAGUCAGUUUCAACAUGAUACUAGGAAAUUCUUUGGAACUUUACCAAUAUCCGGCUACCUUUUGAAGCUUAAUAACGAGUACGUGCUAUCUCAGUCAAACCUACAUUCUUUGGAUGAAUCGAUAGAGAAUAAUUUCAAUAAGUUUCAGUUUAAUCUGGAACAUCAUGUUUCCUACCUCAAAAAUAUUUUUACGAGGUCUUUUGAUCUACAAUUUGGAGGUAUUGUGCCAAUGGCAGAGAUCGAAAGUGUUCAUCCAGCAGAUAGAUUCUGCUCAACCGGCACCAAUUUAUUGAGAGGAUUUCAGCCAAGCAGCUCCGACUUCGCUAAUAAUUUCUACUACAAAGUCGGUUUGAACACGUCACAUAAAAUUUAUCGGACCCCAUUGAACUCACCAUUAAGGCUCGGUUUGUUUUUGAACAUUGGGAAUGCCUUCAAUGACUUGCAAAACGCUUUUGAUUCUUAUGCAGCAGCUGCUGGUGCUUCGCUAUUUUAUAAGACACCUCAAGCAGAUAUGGAUCUAACCUAUGCAUAUCCGUUAACAUCAAGACCGCAAGAUAUUGCUAAACCAGGAUUUUCCUUCGGAAUCAAGUUCUCCUAUUUUUAG